AUGGCGGUUGUCCUGCUGGACUCAAAGGAAUCGCAAGCGGAGCUGGGCUGGACCUCCCACCCGUCAAACGGGUGGGAAGAAAUCAGUGGCGUGGAUGAGAAUUACAAGCCGAUACGCACGUACCAGGUCUGCAAUGUCAUGGAGCCAAACCAGAACAACUGGCUGCAGACGGGCUGGAUUGCCAGGCGCGACGGCCAGAGGAUCUUCAUCGAGCUGAAGUUCACCCUGCGGGACUGCAACAGCAUCCCUGGCGUGAUGGGCACCUGCAAGGAGACUUUCAAUCUGUACUACGUCGAGUCUGACUCCGACCUGGGCCGUAGCGUCCAUGAGAGCAAGCACACCAAGAUCGACACCAUUGCUGCUGAUGAGAGCUUCACACAGGGGGACCUAGGCGAGCGUAAGAUGAAGCUGAACACCGAGCUGAGGGAGAUUGGGCACCUGAGCAAGAGAGGCUUCCACCUGGGCUUCCAGGACGUGGGUGCCUGCGUGGCGCUGGUCUCUGUGCGGGUCUAUUACAAGAAGUGCCUUGCCACCAUGCAGAACCUGGCCGUGUUUCCAGACACGGUGGCGGAGACGGCCUUUGCGACUUUGGUGGAAGUUAAGGGCACUUGUGUCACUCACGCCGAAGUGGACGUGGAUAAUCCCCCCAGGAUGCACUGCAGCGCGGAGGGCGAGUGGCUGGUCCCCAUAGGGAAGUGCACGUGUGGUCCUGGCUUCGAGGAGAAGGAUGGGGGAUGCAGAGCUUGCCUUCCUGGAUUUUACAAGCUUUCCCUCCGUCUCCCUUUCUGCUCUCCUUGCCCUGAGCACAGCUUCACACAUGAGGAAGCCUCCACGUUCUGUUUGUGCCAGAAGAACUACUCUAGGUCCCCGUCAGACCCACCAUCUGCCUCCUGCACACGUCCACCCUCUGCCCCGAGGAACCUGGUCUACAGCCUGCGGCAGUCAUCACUGGUCCUGGAGUGGAGUGCCCCUGCUGAUGCAGGCGGACGGAGUGACCUGACCUACAGCCUGUGGUGCAGCCGGUGCCCGGCGGCGCUGCGGGGCCGCUGCGAGCAGUGCGGCAGCGGUGUGGGCUUUGUGCCGCAGCAGACGGGGCUUGUGGACCGAACUGUCACCCUGGUGAACCUGCUGCCUCACGUCAACUACACCAUCCGCGUGGCGGCUGUCAAUGGUGUCUCGGGUGUCAGCCCGCUGUCGGGGCAGCAGUACGCCGAGGUCAACGUCUCCACUGGCCUCACAGCGCCGACUCCCGUCACUGACAUCCGCACAGAUAAAGUUGAGCAGAAGAGCGUCUCCUUGUCGUGGCAGGGGGCGGGCUUCCUGACCGCCAACGGCACCGAGUACGAGGUCAAGUACUACGAGAAGGAUCAGAGAGAUCAGAGUUACUCAACUGUGAAAACCACAUCAACGGCUGUGACAGUCAAUAACCUGAAGCCUGGCACCCUCUAUAUUUUCCAAAUCCGGACAUCUUCCUCGCCGGACUACGGAAACUACAACCCUAGUAUUGAAGUGGAGACGCUGGCAGAGUUGACGGUGGCCUCCAGCGAGCAGAACCCUGUCCUCGUCAUCACGGUGGUGGCCAUCACGGGGCUGACGGUGCUGGUGUCCAUGGUGAUCGGUGUGAUGGUCUGGAGGAGACAGUGUGGGUACAGCAAAGCCAGCCAGGAUGGGGAUGAGGAGCUGUACUUCCAUUUUAAAAUACCAACCAGGAGGACGUACAUCGACCCUGACACUUGUGAAGACCCCAUGCAGGGUGUGCACCUCUUUGCCAAAGAGUUGGAUAACGCUAGUAUUAAAAUUGAGAGGAUCAUUGGGACAGGAGAGUUUGGAGAAAUCUGCCGGGGAUGCCUGAAGCUGCCCAGCAAGCGAGAGCUGCCGGUGGCGAUCCAGACCCUGCGGGCAGGGUGCUCGGAGAAGCAGCAGCGCUCCUUCCUGGCAGAGGCGUGCACCAUGGGCCAGUUCGAUCACUCCAAUGUCAUCCGCCUGGAAGGUGUCAUCACCAGAGGGAGUACCAUGAUGAUAGUGAUGGAGUACAUGGGGAACGGCGUGCUGGACUCUUUUCUCAGGAAACAUGAGGGACAGUUCACGGCCACUCAGCUCGUUUGCAUGUUGCAGGGGAUUGCCUCUGGCAUGAAGUACCUGGCAGAGAUGGGUUACAUACAUAAAAGCCUUGCUGCCCACAAAGUCCUUGUGAACAGCAGCCUGGCUUGCAAAAUAACUGGUUUCAGACGGCUACAAGAAGAUAAGAUGGAGACCAUCUUCUCCACCAUGCGUGGGAAGAGCCUGGUGCUGUGGUCGGCCCCUGAAGCCAUCCAGUAUCACCACUUCAGUCCGGCCAGCGACGUGUGGAGCUUCGGCAUCGUCAUGUGGGAAGUCAUGUCCUACGGCGAGAGACCCUACUGGGACAUGUCCAACCAGGACGUGAUGAAGGCCGUGGAGGAUGGGUUCCGCCUGCCUGCUCCGGUGAACUGCCAGCCGCCCCUCCACCAGCUCAUGCUCGACUGCUGGCAGAAGGACCGCAGCCAGAGACCCAAGUUCUCGCACAUCCACCACAUCCUGAGCAAGAUGGUGCAGAGCCCGGAGCCCCUGAAGUGCCCCAGCUCUACGUGCACCAGGUCCCACAGCACGUCCAUCCCCCUCACCGAGCGUACCUUCUCAGCCUUCCCGACUUUCAGCUCUGUGGGCGAGUGGCUGGAAGCGAUAGAAAUGGGCAAGUACAAAGACAACUUCACCGCUGCGGGCUACUGCUACCUGGAAUCGGUGGCCAGGAUGACAGCCCAAGAUGUCCUCAGCCUGGGGAUCACGCUGGUGGAGCACCAGAAGACCAUCCUGAGCGGGAUCCAGACUCUCCGGACCCAGGUGAUCCAGAUGCAUGGCCGAGGCGUGCAGGUGUGA